AUGAUUGAAGAAGAUUUCCCACCCUUACCAUCUCCUGUUGCGACAGCUCGAGAAACGGACAGAGCCGGUACCAUGUUUUUUCCGCUGACUGACGUUCCUGCCGCUGCAGCACCACCGGUCAUUACUAUCCAUAAGGACGGGGAUCUGGUUAUUAUUUGUGAAACUGCGCCUCAUAAUUCAUUACCUGAGCCAACAAGGCAUAUGUUUCGAAUCUCUAGCCUGGAAAUCACGAGAGCUAGCGCAUAUUUCAAGGCCCUGUUAGACCCAGCAAAAUUCCAGGAAGGCCGAUCGCUUCUACGGAGCCAUGAACAAAUGGAAGCUCAAUACGGGUCAAGAAAAUUGGCUUUAAAGGACAUGACAGUAGGCGAGCUGCUCCAUAUCAAAAUCGAGCUUCCCCCGUUGUCGACCAAAAUCAACCUACGGGAGACUUUGGCAUUGUAUUUUGAGCUUCUAUGCUUCCGCCUGCCGUUCACCCUAGACCCCAAUGGGCUCAAGAGGUUUGCCGUUAACACUAUUACUACACUGGCUAGUGUGCUCGUUCUUUCGGAUAGGUUUCUCUCAAAUAAUACCAUAAGAAAUUCUUUCGAAUUGCUUUCACAGGGACGUUUAGGACCAUUCAGCUAUUCAAAAAUAAUAGAUAGGCUACAGCGUUUUGAAAGUGAAGAUGAAGAAUGUAUCAGGGAGGGAAUCUUCUUAGCACACUUCCUGAAAGAGCCAUUAGCCUUCUCCAGCCUGACGCAGUCGCUAAUUCUUCACGGCUCUGUGAACUGGAUGGCAGAAAAGCCCGGUGGCACGUCUGGACUUGACAAACCACUAUGGUGGCACUUACCAGGAGGCAUAGAAGAAGAACUCCAAUUUCGGCAUGACGCUAUAAUCGACACCAUAAGUGAGAUACAGAAUCAUUUUCUUGCCGCAUAUGGAGCAGUUAAUCCAUAUCAAGCACUACAACAUUCUCUCCCUGAUCAGUCGAAGAGACAAUUACAGUGCCGCCGUGCGUUGGAAACCUCCGAAGCAUGCGAUUCUUUCCAAUUGGGCGAGAUGAUCCGUUAUUUUACCAGCCAAUCCAAAACACUCUUCCUGGAAUCAGGGCUAUACUCGGAGUCAGACCCAGAAAACUGUGGAGAUGCACAUAAAGACUCACAAGCUUCACACUAUGCCCAAGAAUACGGGAAGAAGAACGCAGAAAGUUCCACUGGUAAAAACCAGGCGGCAAUGAACGCAGCCGAAAUGGCUAACAUCAAUACCAUACUUUCCUACCUGAGGUGCUACCCGGAACGUCAGAUGGAUUCUUACCAUCUAGGAUGUGGACUUCGCCGUCGGCUUCUUCCUAUUCUAGAUUAUAUCGGUAAAUUAUGUAGCAUGGGCAAACCAUCCAAGACACCACGCUUUGGGGAUAUUGGCCUAUGCAAAAGGCACAACCUUUUUGGUAAUGGUGGCCCUGAUUCAUGGAGUAACAAUAAAUUCCGGGAAGGGAUGUCUGUCGUCGCAAGCGCUCACUCACCAGUUUCCGUUAGAUUUCACGGUCUAGACGUAUCGGUCGCCUUUAGAAAGCCUUUUUUUAAGUCUCGGCAGACCGUUUGGUGCCACUGUGAACGACUCACAAUAGAAGCAAGGGGAUUCUUUACAGCUAAGAAUCGGCGUUGGGAAUGCUAG